AGAAAUAGACAGGCGGAUGCGUAAGAUUUCAUAUAUUCAAAAUAAAUAAAUGAGAACGUUUUUCGUCGCAAUUCUUCGUCUAUUAAAGUGUUCUUGAUUUUCUCAUACUAUUAAGUGUGGUAUAAUUAUAGGUUUGUUAGUGAAGUAAAAAUAAUUUCAGGUUUAAUAAAAUAUAAAAAUUUUAACAUCAAAUUUCAAAUAAGUUUUGUUAUUAUGGAGACUUCAAGUGCAGAUGCUGAGGUAAAAGAUACAUUAAUAGAAUCUGCUGAUUAUAAUGUUCUGUCUAGGCCUCCAGAGUUAGUUGAGUCACAAAAGUCAUCCAGUAGUAAAAAGAAAUUUGGUGAAGUAUUUUGUGCUGAGGGAAACUUAUCAGCAGAAUACUAUCCAAUACAGAGAUCUCAAAUAAUUGCUGCACCCCAUUUUAGAUCUUCGAGAACUAAAAGUAAAAGUGGCCAUGAAAAAACUACUUCUAGUGAUGGCAAAAAGAAACCAGUUAGAAAAUCUACUGAAAAGCUAUCAAAGGAAAAGUUUCUUAGAAAUAAACUUGUCAAAAAAGCAUUAAAUUCUCUAAAAUCAAAUACUGCAGAUGAUGUGGUAUCAAUGAAGGAAUUAAAAGCUGAAAGGUCUAAAAUGUUGAAUGAGAACUUUGAUUCAUAUUUAAAGAAGGCACAAAAAUCUGUAAAAACAUCUGGGUAUUCAUAUUCUCCUAAAUCUGACGGAGGAGCUAAAGACAAUUUGGAAUCAAGUAACAAAGAACAGUAUGAAAACUCACUUUUAAAACCAGCAUUUACUGCUCAAGAGCGUUAUGAUAUUUUGAAUGCCAGAGACAAAUUGAUACGCUUAAAUGAUACUAACAAAGGGGACUCAGAAGUAAAAAAGAUUUCUGGUACAUGUCCUGAUAUGUGCCCUGAAAAAGAAAGAUAUAGUCGUAUUGCAAAGAACUGUUUGUCCAUAUUAGAGACAGAAAAAGCAUUAAAUUCAUCAUCUACUUCAAAGGAAGUUAAUCAUCAGUAUAUGGUGAAAGAAUAUAGUCGAUCAUCUGCUGAUCAACAGGAACCAUUGCCCAAUGAAUUGAGACCAGUUUCAGUUCUCAAAUUUACCAUGGACUAUUUAAUAUGUAAUAUUAUAGAUAAACCAGCAGCACACCUUUCUAAAGCUGAUUGGUUUGAUUUUAUCUGGAAUCGAACUCGUUCAAUCAGGAAGGACAUCACUCAGCAGCAGCUGUGCGACCCUGAUAGUGUUGAAAUUAUUGAGAAGUGUGUUAGGUUUCACAUCUAUUGUGCUGAAGCAUUGUCAGAAGAAGAUACAGCUACAUUUGAUCCUAAAAUUAAUAAUGAAAACCUCACAAAAUCUCUCCAAACUCUGAAGCAUAUGUACUAUGACCUGCAAACCAGAGGAAUAAAGUGCCCCAAUGAAGCUGAAUUCCGUGCUUAUGAUAUUUUAUUGAGUCUUACUGAAGGAGAAACUUUGAGACUUGUGAAAGACAUUCAUAAAGACAUUGUGAAGUCACCUGACUUAAAAUUUGCAUUUAACGCUGCAUUAGCAUUUGAGAGUAAUAACUAUGUCAAGUUUUUUAAGCUCUUUGAGAAAGCAUCAUUUUUAAAUAGCUGCAUCUUGCAUCGAUAUAUCAAUGAAGCUCGAAUCCGUGCUAUACAAAGUAUCAUACGAGCAUAUUCAACUGCAAACUAUUCUAUUUUGUACCCAUUAGCCAAUUUAGUGAGAGACUUAAAAUUUGAGAAUGAUUUGGAAGCUGCCAACUUUUGCCACUGGCAUGGACUUACAACUGAUGAUUUAUUUGUUACAAUUGAAAGACAAACCUUUUCUAGACCUUCUUCUGCUUUUCCAGUUACAAGAUCUCCUACUCUUGUCAAUAAUAAACUUAAAUCAGGUCUUGGAGAGGCCAUAAACAAAGGACCUUUGAAUCAAAACCCAUUGAUAUGGUAUAAGCCCCUUAACAGUUUCAAUCAUGAAGGAUUAUUGCAAGAUGAAGGGUUAUUGCAAGAUGAUUCUUUUUCAUUUGAAUCAAAUCAAAGUAUAGAUGAAGAUUUUGUAGAAGAAAUGGAUCAGGACAUAGAAGAAGUGAAAGAUACCAGUGAAUCAAUCUGGCCUGUUAAAGCUACUGUGAAUGAAAAUACUGUAAAAGAUAAUAGAGAAGCAUUUUUUCCAGUCAAAACUUCUGUGGAUAAAAAUAACUUGAAAGAUGUUAAAAAAACAUUCGUUCCUUCAAAAAUUUCUGUUAAUGAGGAAAAAACUUCUUUGUUGAAUUCUCAUAAGGAAAAAGAUGUUGAACAAAGCCAAACUUUCUCAUUCAAAACUAAUACUCAAGACAGCACUUGGUCAUCAAAGAGUUUUAUGAGCUUACAAAAGCAACCACAUACGACAAAUUCAGGAAUACACAAAUCUACCAUCUCAAAAGCUCCUGUGGUAUCAGUUGCUUCUGUUGAAGAUUUUACAGCACCACAGCCAUUAAGGAGUUCUUCAAGUCAUGUGGUUUCUAGUACUUUUUCAUUUAAAGAUUUUUCUGCACCUAAAAAAUCUGUCGAAUCAACUUCACAAAAGAUGUUUACCCAAAAGAAAUCAGUAACAGAAAAAUCUUUUUUUGCUCCUGCAAACGAAUUGAGACCAUCAUUGCCAAUAUCCCAAUUUUUAUCAAGUUCCUUUAACCGGACAGAUCCAAACAGAGAUAGACGCAGAGCUGUUGGCGAGGUUCCUCAUGAAAAAUCUGUCACACUCACAUUAGACCAAUCAAAGCCAAACAUGAAUAAGACACUGCCAAGAUCUCCAGUCUCACAGCUUAUAACUAGGCCUAUUCAGCCAUUGCAGCAAAUUAGUACUAUAAAGCCAUUGCAGCAAAUUAGUACUAUAAAGCCAUUACAGCAAAUUAGUACUAUAAAGCCAUUGCAGCAAAUUAGUACUGUAAAGUCAUUGCAGCAAACUAAUUCUUUUAAGCAAUUACAGCAAACUAGUUCUGUUCAACCAUUGGUGCAAGGAAGUUCAGCUAAAACAUUGCAGCAAAUCAGUUCUGUUGUACCACCUCUACAAACCCUUAAUUCCAUUAGUAAAAUGCAGAAAACUAAUUCCAAAAGUUUAGAGACGAAAAUUAGUUCUGUUCUUCCAUUUUCAAAGGUCAUUAAGGAUAAAACAGAGGGAAUAAUUAAUGAUAAAGAAGUUGCGGAUGGUGUUUCAAUUGCUUUUAGUUUAGGUAAAAAUGAAACAGAUGAUCAGAAAAUGGCUGAGCUUGAUUUUACUGAAAACUCUGAUAGUUAUGGCAUUUCAUCAGGUGAAGAUGAAGAGGUAUUAUUGAAAUUAAAAGCUGAAACUGAAGCUGCAUUAAUUGCUGAUGUGAGUGAUGAAGUCUAUACUCAGUGCAUUGAAGAAAUUUCUUCUAAAAUUUGUGAAGAAAUUAUUGCUGAAGAGUGGAGUUACAAAAGAAAGCGUGAUGAAGAAUUGGCUAGGAAGCAAAAACAGAUUGUCAUGGGAACUGUUUAUAAAUGGAAACUAUACUGCCAACGGAAAAAGCAGAGAAAAAUUAUUGAAGAUUUUGAACCCUCAUCAUCUUGGGUGCCUAUGCUAAUGAACUCAGAAUAUGUUUCAUCAGGUGCUACCAGUCCUUUUACUGCUUAUAAGACUCACUGUUCUGUUUCUCGCUUGGCAGAUUCAAAAAUUGAACAGCGAAAGCAAAAAGUUGGCUGGGAGCCACUAGAUGACAAGAGUUUUUCAAGUGUAUCAAAGCUUGCUGACUUCCCUCCUGCAUAUCUUAAAAAUACUGGAAUCACUCAAUACUUUAAACUUGGCAUUUUAUUCAUAAAUUAUGGUGAAGAUAAAUUAUCUACUUUGCUUGAAUGGUUGUCGGCAAAAUUAAAGCUUACUCCUAUACCAAACUCAUCUGGGAGAAAUAAUCUCUUAAGUUUCUAUGUUCUGAAUGUGGGAACAACACUUGUAAGUAUUGAGUGUGCAGUGUUUGAUUCUUCGUCAACAUCUGGACUUGAAGACUUUCUUCUUGGUGUGUCUGGAAUUAUUCUGUUUUGUCCUGCUAAGUUUCCUCAUCAAGUGCAUUUUAAUGCAGCGUUGCGCUGGCUGCACACUGUGUUUGAUGAUAAAAACCUGCCACAUCCUUUUCCAUUAUUCACAUAUAUUUUGGAUUCUUCUGAAAAAUGCCAUAUUGUUAAUCAGCUAGUAUCCUUCUUAGACGGUCGAUUGCACCUCGGUCAAAAUUUCUCAACUGUGAAAAUAGGAGAAAUGCCUGUGGGACAAAAUUAUACUCAAUACACCAUUCAACUAGAAAAUGCCAUUAAAUGGGUAAUUGAAAAUGUGGAACAGCCUCCUAAAAUAAAUAGUUGCAGUUUUAGAGAUUAUUUGGAAGAUUCUUUUGCCUCAGCCUUUGAUACUUUAUUUUGGAAGUUGACCCUUGCUGAUUUCAAGCUUUUAAUGCAAGUUCCCCAAGAGAUGAUAACAUUUUAUAAUGAUGUAAUGAAAACUAGAGGAACAUUAUUGACAUCUAAUUUUUUGGCUCAAGUCUUAGAAUUUUGGCCUCCCAAAGAACUAUUUAUGCUUCAACCUGAUUUUAAGUUCAUUGACAUUGACUUCCAAAAAAAGUGUGAAGCAUUCAUAAAUGAUUUGUGUUUACCUUUGUAUACUGGGGAUCCUAUGAAUACUGCAGAUAUUUGGAUGUAUUUAAAUGAUAUAACAGAUCCUUUGGACAAAAAUAAGGAAUUAUUGCUUUUAAGCAUAAGAAACUUACUUGAAAAAGACAGCAGCAACAGUUGGCCACAUAUUAUUAGCAAGUGUGCAUAUUAUUUAAUAUGCAAUAAGUUUUCUACUUUUGAUGAAUUCUUAGAUAAAGAAGUGUAUUUUAUGCAAAAUGACCUCGAAGCUGUAAAUUUUGACAGGUAUUGGCAACUUUUAUCCAUCUCUCUGGAGAAGAAAAGACAAAUUAUUAUGAAGCGAAAACGUUUUCAAAAGUCUUACAGAAGAGUUUCAAAAUUUUUAAAAAGUAGUUCAACUUCUUUUGAUUUCCAAACCCCUGAAUCCAUGAAAAGAUCCAAGACUGAUAUUUUUUCUAAUUCUACUGCUAUUGCUGAUUCUGCUACAUGUAAAGUGAGUAACAUGUUGCAGUCGUUACAAAAAGCUAUGAAAGAGCAAAGUUUAGAGUCAGAAAAGUUUUCACAAAUGCUCAAUGAAUCUACAGGUUGUGAUACUCCAAGCAGAGGCAAUCAAAGCGAUCAUACGAUAAUUGAAAACAACAGCAGCACACCUUUAUUCUCUAGUCAUUCAAGUUCUUAUCCUGCUACUAGUGUGUCCAGUAUUCCAUGUGAGGAAUUUAAUGUCACUUUUCACUCUGAGACAAAUUCAAAGGAAAAUACAAUUUAUAAUGUGUCUUGUGAUUGGCGAACUUUAGUGGGCCAACCUGCAUCUUCAUUUGAGUAUACUUCACCUUCCAGUAUAUCUGAAAAAUUAGCUGAUUUAAAAUACAAUAUUCAAAGAAAUAAAUUGUUAGAAGACAAUCUCUCUCAAUUGCUAAAUAGUUAGUUAAUUAUUUUGUUGUUCUAUUAUUUGUACUUGGCAUGCAUUUUUUUAUAUACUGUUUACUGAUAACCUGUAAUCUUUUUUUCUAGUUUUUUAAAUUUCUGUUGUCAAGAUUUUUUUUAAUGCCGAAUUUUUUGAAUUUCAUGUACUAUUACUUGUAACACAAUUUUAAAAGGCUCUCUUAUCUGAAAAGAUUUUAGUUUUUUCUUAUUUGAAAAGAGAAAGUUAUACAGAGUCUUCUUCUUUAUUCAUUUUUUUUUGUCUUCUUCAACUUAGCUUAUUGAGUGUAAAAGGUAACAAAAAAUAUUUAGUUAUUGUCCAUAUUGUUUAACAUUUGUCCCUGUAUAAAAAUUAUCUUUGUUUAAUGUAACACUACAAUAAACAUCAGCAAUUCAUCUUUCUUUUGGCUCUGUUUGCUAUUAAAAUGUUGUAACCUUCAAGUGUUUGUUAAAACAAAUUAUUGCCUUUUUCUUUUUACUCAAAUAGUUUUUCAUACUCAUGAAGGUUUUUAUCUUUGGCUCUUUGGUUGAAGUUUGCAUUUUUGGGCUAAAAGUUAUGAACUAUAUAUUUUUUAUUUAAAUUUCCAAUUAACUACUAGUUUUAAAUGUUUAAAAUUUUCCCAUUAGCUUUAUUUUUAAAUAUGUAUAAUUUUAUGUGACUACAACAAGCUUCUAAGGGAUAAUUUAUAUUUUUGAUAAAAAUAAAUCUAAUGCUUGAUAUCAAAAAGAGUAAAAAAAAGGAAAAAAUUAGAUAAUAAACAGAAUUAUCAUAAGAUAUGACUGUUUUAUCUGUGAUAUUAUUUUUUCUAUGUAUAUAAUGUCAUUUUAUAUUUCAUCUAUUUGUAACUUGUGUAUGAUUAGUUUAAUUUUUUACAUUGUUUGUUUAUCACUAUUUCAUCAUACUGUGUUUGUGUAUAUUUUAUCAUCAUCCUUGUUGUAUUUAUACCAAUAUGUGCCUUUUUUCAUAUUUUCUAAUUCUUUUUUUAACUUAAUCCUCUGUCUUUGGAUCUGAGCGAUGUACAUUGGAAAAAAUCAUCUUAUCUUUUGUUUCUAAGUAU